CUCCGCCGCGCACUGUUGUCAUGGAGGAACCAAGAUGGCGGCUCUGGCCUACAACCUGGGCAAGCGGGAGAUCAACCACUACUUCAGCGUGAGGAGCGCCAAGGUGCUGGCGCUGGUGGCCGUGCUGCUCCUCGCAGCGUGCCACCUCGCCUCCCGCCGCUACCGAGGCAAUGAUUCAUGUGAAUACCUUCUCUCAAGUGGCAGAUUUCUUGGAGAGAAAGUUUGGCAACCUCACAGUUGCAUGAUGCAUAAAUACAAAAUCAGCGAAGCAAAGAACUGCCUUGUAGAUAAACAUAUUGCAUUUAUUGGAGAUUCCAGAAUUCGGCAGUUGUUUUAUUCUUUUGUAAAAAUAAUCAAUCCCCAAUUCAAAGAAGAAGGAAAUAAGCAUGGAAACAUUCCUUUUGAAGACAAGAUUGCAUCAGUUAAAGUGGAUUUUCUGUGGCACCCAGAAGUUAAUGGUUCUAUGAAACAGUGUAUCAAAGUGUGGACCGAGGAUUCUGUUACAAAGCCCCAUGUGAUUGUAGCAGGAGCUGCCACAUGGUCUAUCAAGAUUCACAAUGGCAGCAAUGAAGCGCUUUCCCAAUAUAAAAUGAACAUUACCUCCAUAGCACCACUUUUAGAAAAACUGGCAAAGACUAGUGAUGUUUAUUGGGUCUUACAAGAUCCUGUGUAUGAAGAUCUAUUAAGUGAAAAUAGGAAAAUGAUCACUAAUGAGAAAAUAGAUGCCUACAAUGAAGCUGCAGUCAGUAUUUUGAAUAGUAGCACCAGAAAUUCUAAAUCAAAUGUUAAAAUGUUCAGUGUUUCCAAAUUAAUUGCUCAAGAAACCAUCAUGGAAUCAUUGGAUGGCUUACAUCUCCCUGAAUCAAGCAGAGAAACUAGUGCAAUGAUUCUUAUGAACGUGUAUUGCAAUAAGAUUUUGAAGCCUGUAGAUGGUUCCUGUUGUCAACCUCGGCCUCCUCUUACUCUCAUACAGAAGCUAGCUGCUUGUUUUUUCACUUUAUCUAUUAUCGGAUAUUUAAUUUUUUAUAUAAUCCAUCGUAAUGCUCACCGGAAGAAUAAGCCAUGUACUGAUUUGGAAAGUGGAGAGGAAAAGAAAAAUAUUAUCAAUGCCCCUGUGUCUCCAUUAGAAAUACUUUUACAGUCUUUCUGCAAACUUGGCCUAAUAAUGGCUUACUUCUAUAUAUGUGACCGUGCAAAUCUAUUUAUGAAGGAAAACAAAUUUUAUACACAUUCAACUUUCUUUAUUCCAAUUAUCUACAUCUUGGUUUUGGGAGUAUUUUACAAUGAAAAUACUAAGGAGACUAAAGUGUUAAAUAGAGAACAAACAGAUGAAUGGAAAGGGUGGAUGCAACUUGUGAUUCUGAUUUAUCAUAUCUCUGGAGCAAGUACAUUUUUGCCUGUGUACAUGCACAUCCGGGUUCUGGUUGCUGCAUACCUAUUUCAGACAGGGUACGGGCAUUUCUCAUACUUUUGGAUCAAAGGGGACUUUGGAAUUCAUAGAGUCUGUCAGGUCUUAUUUCGUCUCAAUUUCCUGGUAGUGGUGUUAUGUAUAGUGAUGGAUCGGCCUUAUCAAUUCUAUUAUUUUGUUCCCUUGGUUACCGUAUGGUUCAUGGUCAUAUAUGUUACUUUAGCCCUAUGGCCACAGAUAAUCCAAAAAAAAGCAAAUGGAAAUUGUUUCUGGCAUUUUGGCUUACUGUUGAAACUAGCCUUCUUGCUGUUAUGUAUAUGUUUUUUGGCAUAUUCUCAGGGUGCAUUUGAGAAGAUCUUUUCUCUUUGGCCAUUGUCCAAGUGUUUUGAACUGAAAGGGAAUGUAUAUGAAUGGUGGUUCAGAUGGAGGUUAGACCGUUACGUAGUCUUUCAUGGAAUGUUGUUUGCUUUCAUCUAUCUGGCUUUACAGAAGCGUCAAGUACUUUCUGAAGGAAAGGGUGAACCUCUUUUUUCAAACAAAAUUUCAAAUUUUCUAUUGUUUAUUUCAGUAGUUUCUUUCUUGACCUAUUCCAUCUGGGCUAGCAGUUGUAAAAACAAAGCCGAGUGCAAUGAACUACACCCAUCUGUAUCUGUGGUACAGAUUCUAGCCUUCAUCCUAAUAAGGAAUAUCCCUGGAUAUGCCCGAUCAGUUUAUAGCUCAUUUUUUGCUUGGUUUGGAAAAAUUUCAUUAGAGCUCUUCAUUUGCCAGUACCACAUAUGGCUGGCCGCCGACACAAGAGGCAUCUUGGUACUCAUACCUGGAAACCCUAUGCUCAACAUCAUCGUCAGCACUUUCAUAUUUGUUUGCGUGGCGCACGAAAUUUCUCAGAUCACUAAUGAUCUUGCACAGAUUAUUAUUCCUAAAGAAAACUCCUCUCUGUUGAAAAGGCGCUGGUAUAAAAUAACAUUGGCACCCUACCAUUCCAUUGAAAGAUAAGUUAACCAGUCACAAUUUUAAAGCUACUGCAGAUGGAUUAUUUCAUUCUUUUACUCUCCAUUGCCAAAAUGACAAAGCUGGAAUUCACUGAUGGGAAAGCUCUCUGUGUUUAUCACCCCGUCUCUUCUUAAUAUGAAUUCCAGCCAGGCCAGUCUUACUGUUCCCCAAAUAUCAUACUCUUCUUUUGUUCCCACUCUUUUCAUCUACCUAAAUCCAACUUAUUUCAAGAAUUAAGAAUUUAAGAAUUUGAACUCCACCAUCUCUUUGAAUACAAUACUUCCAUUAUCUUAUUUUUUUAAAACUAUUCUAGCACUAAUUACCUGGUCCCACUAUUUUGUCAUUUCUUCGAUUUCUUUAGUAAGGUUACAACUCCAGGGUCAAGGUUACAACUCCAGGGUCAAGAGGGUAUUUCUUCUGGGUAUAGUAAGGUGCUAGACACAAAGUGGACAUAAAGAGGCUUAACCAUCAGUUAAGGGAUUCUGGCUUGAUUUCUCCCAUCUUAAAAACAAAACUUCUCUUUAUCUCUUAUGUUCCCAAAGCUACUGCCUCAUUUAUUUUCUCCUAUAGACCUGAGCUGCUCUUGUCAAGAUCAACGAGAACCUCCAUAUUGCUAAAUCCAAUGAUCGACUCUCAAUCUUCACCCUACUUGACCUAUGCGCAGUAUUUGACCCAGUUGAUUUACUGCCUCCCUGUUCAGCCACCUUCACUAUGCUUCCAGGACAUCAUCAUUUCCUGUUUUCUUCUCUCCUCAGUAGCCAUUCCUCCAGUCUUGUUCCCUGGGUCCUCUUCCCACUCUCAGCCUCUAAAUUGCACUUCCCCAAAACUCAGACCUCAGACCUCCACACUCACUUCUUAAGAGAUAGCCCCUAGUCACACGACUUUAUCAUCUAUAUUCUGAGGACUACCAAAUUUAUAUUUCCGUCUGAACCUCUUCUCUACAAUUCAGACUCAGAUAUCCAACUGCCUACUUAACAUCUCCAUUUGAAUACCUAAAACGCAUAUCAAACUUAACAAGUCAAAACCAAAACUAAGCUUCCCCACUACUGGCCACAAAAACACCACGAUUUUUCUCUUCUCGGUAAUUGACAACUACAUCCUUCAACUUGCUCAGAUGAACAAUUUUGACUCCUUUCUUCUUACACCUUAACAUCAUAAAUUUUAGUAAAUCUUGUUAGCUUCAUUUUCAAAGUAUAUCCAUAAUUCAGUAAUUCAACCACUUUUCACCACCUCCAAUGUGAUCACCCUGUUCCAAAACCCCACCAGCUCUUUCCUGGAAUACUGUAAUGGCUUUGUUUUUUGCCCCAUAGUUAUGACCCGCUUAUACUUUUUACUUACCUAUCUUUUUAUUUUCCAUCCCUCCCCAUUAGAACAUGAUUUUUCUGAGGACAGGGAAUUUUCUGUUUUAUUCACCACUCUACCCCCAACUCUUAGAACAAUGCCUCUCUCAGUUAUUUGCUGGAUGAAUUCGUGAAUGCCGCCAAAAAAAUGGUGUCAAGCACUAACCCCACUUGAGGCAGGGAGGCAGUCAUACAAGGGUGAGACAGCUGGGAAAAAUACUUUUCUGUAGCCAUGGGGACAAGAGGCCAAAAAUAUACUUUCUUUGGCUGUUAGAAUGUUGAUUUGCAUUAUGUUAUUAAAAAAACGUAACUCACUCAUGCAGCCAGGUAAAUAGUGACUCUGGAGCAGGGUAAGGGUCUUUCUGCCCUCGACUGCAACUACCCUCAGAACUGAACACCAGCCAUACCACAUAGACCAUAAGUCUUUUUCUCACUGUGGCUCCAUCCUAUCAUUCCUCAUUUUCUUGCUUUACGCUGGGCCAGAUGUCAAUUGCCAUUUUGCCAUUGUACCUAUACGAUUAUUUUUCUUGUAGAAGAGAAUUAUUUCUUUGGACUCAUAUCUCUAUUGGAAGUAAGAAAAUGAAAAGCUGAACCAAGAAAGCCAUGUAUUUUAAAAAGAAAGAGAGAUUGUGCUUUUUGUGGAAGUCAAAAAUAUUCCUCUGUGUUUAAUAGGCAAAAAUAUAACUGUGUCAAAGAAUACAACUUAAAAAAUCAUUUUGAAAUAACUAAACUAAAAGCCAUUGCCAGUACUUAGAAAUGUAUAUGUGAGUGUCAGUAUAAAUAAAAUAAGAUUAAUGAAUUAAAUGAGCCUGACAUUUCAACAGGACUUGAUUUUAAAUGAAAAAUUUAAAAAUAAUAAUGCUGUGAAAUUCAGAUAUAUAUUAAGUGAAAAAAUUGCAUCAAAACAUUUUACAGAUGGUAACUUUUAAAAGCAUAUCCACUGAAUGUAGCAAAAAUUACAUGCCAAAAGAAAUAAGCAGAAAUUAUAGGCCAAAAAGAAAGAAGCUUUUGAAAAUAGAAGGCUAACUGGGAAAACGCUUAUCUUCAUCAGUAUAUCGAGAUAUAGCUGAGAACUUACAGAAAAAUGUAUGAAAGGUUCAUUUGUGACAUUUUCUAUUGCAGUUGAGAGCCCAGAUAUCAACAAUACCACCUACUUAGUUAUAUUUAUGUGUACUUUCAGAGAAAAUUCUAAGGUUACCAAGUGACUCAGAAACACACCUUUAUCAGUUUCAUUACUGAUCAAUUUGCUUGGAAAAAAAUCAUAACUUUUGAUCAAGGCUAAUAGUAACAUUAAUCGAAUUAUAAUUAAUGAGUAUGAUAACAUAGUGCUAUUGUGAUGAUCUGUGGACUUACAAAAUGAAACUAAAAUGAGUUUCGAAAGGAUAGAACUUAGGUCCACCCAUUUCAUUCCCUGGGAGUGAUUUUCUGCUAAGAUCUUAGGAUGCAUUCUGGACACAGUCAUUUAUAUCGCAAGGAGGAUGUGUUCCCUGGCUUGUGUUAUAGACAGGUUAGUGUUUCGCUUAAUAAACUGGAUGCACCACAUGGGAGUCUGCCAUAUCACAGGAGGCUGGGUGGCACUAUACUCAGAAAGGUUUGGAACUAUUGCAAGAAAUUUAAUUCUUCACAUCAUUCGAGAGAAAAUGACCCCGUUGGCUUAACUGCAAACACUGGAAUGAAGAUGGUCCAUCUUGACUGGCAGUUCAACCCAUCUUACCAGUUUGAAUAUUUCUCUGCAAAGACUUUCGAAACUGAUCGUGUAAAUAUACAACUCCAUUUGUUCACUCUUGAUAAUUGUGAUUUGGGGAAACUUACUUGGCAAUGUGUAUUUUGAUUCAUUCUUUCUUUCUUUUUUUUUUAAUAUUUUUGAUUCAUUUUCUUAUGCUAAAAAUGGUUUCCAGAGAAAGAAGUGGUAACAACUACAUUCUCAAAGUUGUGAGGUUGAAGACUGAAUUCUAGAAAUUCUUUGCUGGUUUUAAACCUUACAAAAAUUUAAUAACACUGUUUGACCUUUCCAUAUGAAUAGUGGUAGUAAAAAUGAGGAGACACAAGUGGAAGUUAUAUGACUGCCAUUUAAUAUGGUCCCAGAACCAAAAUAUGACAAAAUUGCAAUACCUGAAUUCUACAUGGACAUUAGGAAUAGUGGCCUUAAAAUAUAAAUCCUAUGAUGCAGAUAUUUUAUCCAUGUUCAAAAGUAACAAUUACGAAGAAUUUGGGAGAUUAUAAAACUGAAUGAAAUCACAUACUCCUUGUCUCUAAAGGAUUCAAAGGUAAAAUUAUACUAAAUAUCACAAUGAAAAAUCUGACAUUUGCAUCUUAGUAAAAAGAUGGUAUCAAGAUGCUUAUCCCAGGAAAGAAAACAUGUCCUAAUUAAUUUUCCCUUUAUUUUUAUUUUCAAAUUUAAAAUCUCUCCAAUAUUAUAAAUGUUUGUCAUAUCAAAGGCUUAUCAUACAGUAAAAAUAAAGCUCGAUUCGGUA